AUGGUGAUGGUCGGCCAGCUGCUUGAAGUGUUGAAGAACAGCCUUGAUCUUCUGAGGCAUCUCUUCCCAGACCCCCUCACUAUGUCGCAUUCAGUCAUCCAGGGAUGUGUGAUACCCGACCUUGCCACCAGAGGCUUAUCGUGUGGAUAUAAGGCAUCCUCCUCAACAACAGAGAUCACUAUCUUGAUAACCAGUGGUUUGUCAUGCAGUGUACAAAAUGCCACUAUACAGAAGACCAACUCUUCUGUUAUUGUUGGUAAUCUGAUGCCCGGAUACACAUACCCACUCGAAAUCAACUGCUCAACUAUCUGCUGCAGCAGUUUCUCCACCUAUCCAGCAACAGUGGACAAUAUUACUGUGUUGGAUCAGAAUAGCAGCAGUGUGUGGGUGACAUGGUUGGCUCCUCUGGGUCAUGUGGACUCAUAUGAGCUGAACAUCUACAGUGUAGCACUCAACAGAAAUUAUACAGAACUGUCCAACCAGUCACAGAUCCAGCAGCUCUUGGCAGGUUACAUCUAUAACCUCACCAUAACCUCUGUGAGUGGAGGACUGAGGAACACCUCUUCUGUUUUCCAGCUUGCAACCAAGCCUAACCCUCCCAGCACAAUCAGUGUAAAUGGCCAGACAAAUGUGUCCAUCGCUAUUUUCUGGGGGGUGCCAGUCUCAAUGGAUGGACUCAGUGUGUAUUAUGAAGUCUCAUGUAAAUCCAGCCAGUCCAGCAUCAACACAUCUCUGACAAACAACACCAGUAUACAGCUUACUGCUCUGUCACCUGGCAACCAAUACACCAUUGCUAUAUGUACCAUUGGAGCACUGGGUCUGAAAAGUUCAAGUAUCAGCAUCAUUGCAUACACAAUUCCAAAUGCUGUGCAGAAUCUGCAGGCCUCGCCUGUGAAUACCAGUUCAGUUAAUCUGUCUUGGUCCCAACUGCCUGGCAACUCUGGUCUCUUGUCCUACAAAAUCCAGAUCAAUGGGUCAUUCUUCAUCACCUCAAACUUCAGCUUACUCCUCACACAGCUGCAGCCAGGGACUUCAUACAACUGCAGCGUCACUGCGCUCAUAACAGCUGCAAAUUUAUGUGGUCCACCACAGUACACUCUUUGCAUCACCAAACCAAAACCAGUGGCUAGUUUAAAUGCUACUUCUACAAGCACAAUGGAAAUGUAUCUCUCAUGGAGACCUCAGGAUGAAAGCUUAUCACACCAGUAUGAACUGAGCAUGAAUGGAGCAACACUGAGGAUCCAGAAUACUGAGACAGCUAUUGUUGGCAAUCUCACCCCUGGUACCAACUACACCUUCACUGUGGUCACGAUAUUAAACAAUCUUCGGUCUGAUCCUGUACAGAUUUCUGCAUUCACAGGCCUUGACAAAGCAUCAAACAUUUCUGCUGUUGGGACGAGUGUGAGUAUGAGGGUAGAGUGGAGUGGCCCUGCUGGCAGUGUCUCUUUCUACACCAUCACACUCCGACUCAAUGGAAUCAUUCUUCAAGCACAGAAUCAGACUGAUGCAACGCCUGUUGUGUUUUCAAACUUGUUUCCUGGAACUCUUUACACUGUCACUCUGGGCAUCACCAGUGGACCUGUACAAGUGAACAGUGGAAGUGUGCAGAACGCUACUUUGCCAUCUCCACCUGGUGUGAUCAAGCUGACCCAGCAGACCACAAAUACUCUGAGCAUCAGCUGGGAUCAACCUUUGAACAUGAGCUCUGCAGACUACCGUUUUAGAGUGCUGUAUCAAUGCAACUACUCCGACAGCUCCUGCAAUACCGUGAAUACUCUGAAUGACAGCAGCAGCAAGAACUCCAGCACUAUAACUGGCCUCAGUGCAGGAUCACCGUAUAUCAUCACAAUACAGACAGUGGGAGCACUUGGUUACCUCAGCUCUUCUCAACAGAUAUUCAUAUACACACGUCCCAGCUCAGUGAGCAGUGUGAAUGUGGACUCGUUCAGUGAGCACAGUAUAUUUUUAAGCUGGCAACAGUCUGACAUACUGUCAAAUGUGUACUCUUACUUACUCACUGUCAGAAGCCCUAAUGGCACAUACAUCCUUCAGCUACGUGUGGGUAGCACCACAGCACAGCUGCAGCCACUGCAGUCAGCCAGCCUUUACAACAUCAGCAUCAUCACUCAGACAGCUGACGGCACCCAGUCUUCAGCCAUGACCAUCACAGCCUUCACAAAGCCACUACAGGUUGUUUCCUUGGAGGCAAAGCUGCUCAACGUCACAGCUGUUUGGCUAAAUUGGAAGCGUCCUCUGGAGUUUCGUGAUGGAUUCUCAUACCGUGUGCAGAUAUCCAACUGCACAGAACCCAGUAGAAGCCUGCUAGUUACAUCCGAGAACAUCACAUUUACAAACCUGCAGCCUGGAACUUUGUGUUUGUUUAGUGUCUACAGCUGUUCCUAUGGAAUUGAAGGACAGCCAGUCAGCAUCUCUCUCUACACCAAGCCCUUUGCAGUGAUUCCCAUUAUGGCUAAUAAUGGCUCUAAUUCCUCUCUUGUGGUGUCAUGGACUCCGCCUGUUGGUCAUGUUGGCCAGUAUGUGCUUAACAUCAGCUGUGAAGACAUGAACAGACCCGUAUUGCUUAACAAUACUGAACACACAUAUACAUUCACUCAGCUUGCUGCUGCAACUGUCUACACACUCACAUUUGUUACCAUCAGUGGGCCCUUUGAAGAAGCAUCUCAGCCAAUAACCAUGGCAACUUGUCCCAAUAAACCUGGGGGUGUGCAGGUGUCUUCUAAGACAACAGACUCUCUGCUACUGCAAUGGACUACAGCUCAGGGCAUGAGACCUGGAAGCUUCAACUACAGUCUGACCUACCAGCCUGACCCUAACUUUACCACUUACAUCACUCCAUAUAAUACACUUCUACUAACCAGCCUGCUGUCUGGAACAUCCUACAACAUUUCUCUUACUACUAUAGGUCCAUGGAGAUUCCAGAGUGAAGCAGUGACCAUAUAUUCCAUAACCACUAGACCAGAACCAGUAAAAAAUCUGAGGGUUAUUUCCACAUUAACAGAUAGCUUGUCGGUGGCCUGGACAGGGCCACGUGGAGGAUAUGUGUUUGAAGUGUGUCUGAAGAAUGUGUCCAUGAGGAACACAAGUCUGGAGCAGAUGAAACUGAAUAGCCUGACUCCUGGUACUCUUUACAACAUAAGUGUACAGAGUGCAACGUCGGAUGGCACCAAGGGAGAAAUUCAACUACUGCAAACAUGCACAGAUGCAGCUACAGUAGACAAUGUGAGCUGCUGGGGUCCUGAUUUAACCUCCGCCAUGCUGAACCUCACAUGGAGUCCUCCUCUUGGCAGCUAUAUUGGCUUUCAGAUCCAGCUUUCCACCCCCACCUCCUAUAUGACAGUAAACACCACUGACCUGCAUUACACAUUUACUGGACUGAAAUACAACACCUACUACAGUGCCACCCUCUGGACAAUGGGCUGUGGGAGAAAAAGCCAAGCAAAGGAGUUAAGCUGCACUACAGGCAUCACAAAUCCUCCUGUGCCUAAUGUCGAUACAGCUGUGACUGUAGCUUAUAUGGAAAAUAACAAAUUCAGUCUGAUUGUGCAGCGUGAGAUGUUUAACAACUCAAAUGGUCCUGUCCUUUGCUACGGCUUUCUUAUCACUUCAGACACCAUACCACUUAAUAGCAGGUCUCAGUCUGUACCUGACCAGUACCUGAUGCAGACAUAUGAGAACUAUCAAGCAGGCCAGACCAGGACUUACCUUGCAGUGGUGCAUGACAACAUGGGCACUGAGGGAGCACAGCUCACUGUUGUCAUUGGAGACGGGACUCAGUGGAAUGGUUACAGAAACGGGCCGCUUAGUCCUAAAGGAAGCUACAGUUUUGCAGUUGUCAUUUUUACCCAUCUGGUGGUACAAAAUGGCUUAGUGGUGGUAUCUCAGUCCUACUACUCUAUAUCCUACUUUCAACAGAAUGUCAUCAUCCUUCCUGAAAAGCCAGUGUUAAUUACAGGAGCUAUUGGAGGAGCUAUAGGUGCUGUUGUUCUUCUACUCAUUAUAAUCAUCAUUGCUGUUAUGUUAAGGCGAAAGCAAAGCAAAGUGGAUUCUCCAGGUGUUCCAAUUCAUUCUAUACGAGCCAAAGUCAGCCAACCAAUCCGUGUGGAGGAAUAUGAAGCCCACUACCGAAAACAGAGAGCAGAUUCAUUCUGUGGUUUUGUCGCAGAGUUUGAGGAUCUGAAGCUGGUUGGAGUGAACCAGACGAAGAAUAGUGCUCUAGCCCCUGAAAACAGGGCCAAGAAUCGCUAUAACAAUGUGCUCCCAUAUGACACAUCACGUGUAAAGCUUUCUGUGUUGGGCAGCUCUUUUGAUGAUUACAUUAAUGCCAGCUACAUGCCGGGUCACACAUCCAGAAAAGAGUUUAUCGCAGCUCAAGGCCCUUUGCCCUGUACUGUCAAUGACUUUUGGAGGAUGAUAUGGGAAAAGAACAUCCACACCCUUGUCAUGCUGACCAGAUGCAAUGAGCAGGGACGGGUGAAAUGUGAAGAAUAUUGGCCAUCACAAUCAAAACAUUUCAGCAGCCUAACAGUGACUACCACUUCAGAGAUCUUACUGGAGGACUGGACCAUACGGGACUUUCAUGUGAAAAAUGUAAAAACAGCAGAGACUCGGUCAGUUCGACAAUUCCAUUUUACGGCCUGGCCUGAUCAUGGCGUUCCUGAAACCACAGAGCUUCUCAUCAACUUUAGGCACCUUGUCCGUGAACACAUGGAUCAGUUUUCACGCCACUCACCUACCCUUGUGCACUGCAGUGCAGGUGUGGGUCGCACAGGAACCUUCAUCGCCAUUGAUCGUUUGAUAUUCCAGAUUGAACGUGAUGGAGUGGUGGAUGUGUAUGGGAUCAUCCAUGACUUGCGCAUGCACAGACCACUCAUGGUGCAAACAGAGGAUCAGUAUGUGUUCCUUAACCAGUGUGCUGUGGACAUCAUCAGAUCCCGGAUUGGUACAAAUGUAGACUUAAUCUACCAGAACACAGCAGCGCUCACGAUUUAUGAGAACUUUGAACCUAUGAAGAAAUCCAAAAAUGGCUACCAUAAAGCAUAA